GGGGAGGGAGGAGGGAGCAGGGGGCUGAGCUGAUCCCACGUGUGACGCUGUCGUUCCCGGCUCAGUAAUAUUCUCAUAGCGGGGCUUUGCAUAUCUCCUGCCCGUCUGUGUGUCUGUCACUGUCACUGUUCCUGUAGUCCCAGCCGAUAGUUAGGAAUAGCUAUGGAAGGAGACGGGAGUCAAGCCACAUCCGGAAGCCUAAGCGACUCACAACAUGACCCGGGUAAAAUGUUUAUCGGUGGCCUCAGCUGGCAAACCUCACCAGACAGCCUUAGAGACUAUUUUAGUAAAUUUGGAGAAAUAAGAGAAUGUAUGGUGAUGCGAGACCCCACGACGAAACGCUCAAGAGGAUUUGGGUUUGUGACAUUUACAGAUGCUGCCAGCGUAGAAAAAGUCUUAGCUCAGCAACACCACGAAUUAGACUCAAAGACGAUUGAUCCUAAGGUUGCCUUUCCACGUCGCGCCCAGCCUAAGAUGGUCACAAGAACGAAGAAAAUAUUCGUGGGUGGCCUUUCAGCCAAUACAGUAGUGGAAGAUGUGAAGCAGUAUUUUGAACAGUUUGGGAAGGUUGAUGACGCCAUGCUUAUGUUUGAUAAGACUACAAACAGACAUAGAGGAUUUGGUUUCAUAACUUUUGACAGUGAAGACAUCGUUGAGAAAGUCUGUGAAAUUCAUUUUCAUGAAAUCAAUAAUAAAAUGGUAGAAUGUAAGAAGGCCCAGCCCAAGGAGGUGAUGUUCCCUCCUGGAACACGAGGGCGAGCCAGGGGCCUGCCCUACACCAUGGAUGCCUUCAUGCUAGGGAUGGGCAUGCUGAGUUACCCCAAUAUCGUGGCUACGUAUGGCCGUGGAUACACUGGAUUCGCACCCAGCUACAGCUACCAGUUCCCUGGCUUCCCAGCGACAGCAUACGGACCGGUGGCGGCGGCGGCGGUCGUAGCAGCGCGUGGCUCAGGUAGGGGGGCCCGUGGAAGAGGCGGCUACUUGGCGUACCCACAGAGCACAGGGCCAGGCCUCCCCGAUUAUGGGUUUUACUCGGCACCCGGUGACCAAAGGGGGGGGCCCUGCUCCUUUGCUGACUAUGCCUCCCUGGGGCCCCAGGCGGCUCAGAUGCUGCACAGUGAGCAUGCCACCUCCGCCUGCAACUCCCCCCUCCAGCACCUACACAGCCCGGAUCAGUUUAAGAACCCAGGCGCCAACCCGUCAAGACCCGGAGGUUUUCACGGCACCAACAGCCCAGGGCCUGUGGCCGACCUUUACGGACCCAGCAGCCAGGAUUCGGCUGUGGGCAACUACAUCAGCGCCGCCAGCCCUCAGCCUGGUUCCGGGUUCGGCCCCAGUAUCACCGGCCCCUUGAUUGCGACAGCUUUUACAAAUGGAUACCAUUGAACAGGUGGCCGGCUUGCCAUCUCAUCAGAGCAGAUUUUGUCUGGCGGCCGAGGAAAGACGGGACCAAGUUUCUAAUUGGCUUUGUGUGCAGGUGGCGCUACUGAGACACAGCGGACAGGCUAAACGAGCAAACAAGUGGUAACCAUAUAACGAAGAAAAGAAACUGUUCAGUCAUCUCCGAAAAAGAACAACUGCUGUACUAUAUUCCAAACCUUCUAUAACGUCAGCGCCUGGUUUGGUUUGAAGUUUCACAUCUCUUUCACCCGCCUCUUUCCUGUGCUUGGGUUGCUCUGUCAGUUUAGUUCCACACGACUUUUGUGUCAUUUUCUGUUCUCUUUUUCUGCUUUUGAAAGUGCGGGCGACGUGGCGUAAAAAAAAAAAAAAAAAUCAGCUUGUAAUGUCUUCAUCUUUGGUAGCCUGAAGGAGAAAUGAAGCAUUCAGGCUCAACUCACACACACACACACACACACAAAAACAAGAGUCGCUGUGCAAAUUUUUACUAGAUUUGAAAAAAAUCAAUUUCUGCGCAAAUCGGAUACGAGGGUAUCAAAGUAAUAAAUCUUAGUAGCGCUUUUGUUUCUUGUGAUGUCUCAUUGUUAACCAUGAUGACCUGUUUUUGGGCAAUACAAAGAGGACUCCAAUAUUUUUAUGGUCCUUUUUUUAUAAGUGUUGUUUUUGUUGUUUAGAAGUAUAUAAAUAUUAUAUAAAUAUAUAUAUAUAUAUGCUAUAACAAAUUUCAUAUAACAACAUUGUGAAUUCAAACUUGCGAAAAAGAAAUGUAGCUGUACAUAUUAUUCCAGUCACUGCAUAUAACCAACUCAGUGAGAGAAUAGCAUAUUUUUGUGAUGGUGUGUCAAAGAACAUGUUAUAGCGUGUGAAUAGAAGAAAAAGCUGUAAACACUUAUGAUUCUGAUUGUUAUUAUUAUUAUUAUUAUGAUAAGAAUACUUUUUUCCCUGCUGAAAGACGGUGACAACCCUGAGAUCAACACACACUUGUUGUUCUCUGUAAAUAGUCAAAGCUGAAUUGUUUUACAAAGUGUCAAACCAGCAAAAAUACAAGUGGUAUGUUCAGUCAGUCAAGUUUUAUGAAAUUUAGAAAAAAAAGAAGAAAUACAACAAAAAAAGAUCCGAAUUGGUAUCUUUUGUUAAGGUGUUAAGAUGAGGAGAGGAAGAAAAAAAAAAAAGAUUUGAAUCCAAAGCACACUGUACUUUUAGAUUGCAUUUUGUGCAUAUGCGGACACUUUUGUACUCUUCUCAGUUUUUUCUUGUUUGUAUCAUCCUGCUCCUUCCCAAAUUCUUUUGGGAACAAUGUAUGGGCUCCGCGAACGAGCCCGCUUCGUUUUUAGUUUUUUGGAAUGAAUUAGGAAAGGAUUUUGGUACCAUACCUCAGCCUUGUGAAUUCUGUUGUGGAUUUCCAGGCAGGUUUAAUUUAUUGUCACGUAAAUGAAAACACUGAAUGACUUAAAUAAAUCUAUUUAAAGAAAAAAAAAAGAAAGGGAGAGCGAGCAAGAAGACGAAAUCAUUGCACUGUGAGUAGUGAAGUACAGGCCAUUUCCUAUUUGCACAUGUACAUGUUGGCUUUUUAAAAGGCGGCCGGCCCUGUGCUUUGGAAUUAGCAUGAAGGAUUCUUGGAUUCGUGUAUUCUGAAAUAGACACACCCCUUUGAAUUGCCAGGUGACUUAACAGCUCGCUAAAUAGUUGACAUGUUUGACCUUUGCUUUGCUUUUAUUAGACCCAUGACUCAUCUGAACGUAUUUAUUCUAGGUCACACACUGAAUUAUUCACUAUCAAACCAUAAACAUUUCGAUGAUAAUAAUAAUAAUAAUAAUGUUGCGCUCCGGGAGUGUCGUCAGCUAUUUCAAGGUCAUCCGGCAGAGCGGAAGGUGUGCAUUCUGCUCCAUAAUGAUUAUGUAAUGUUUUUAUUUUGUCGAUGUUGCAUUUCCAAACAACCAGGUUCAGAAAUAUGCUGGAUACUUUUAAAGUCAAUGGGAUGGAGUUGUGAUCAAGUAAUAAUUUAAAGAAGGAAAAAAAUUGUAAUGUUCACAAUGUAAAAGAAAAUACAAAACGACCAAAAAAAAAAAAAGAACAAAGAAAACAAAGAUGCUUCUUUGCUGAUUUCUAGUUCAAUUUUGUUGUGGUUUCUAUAUGAAUAAUAAUUGUACUAUACUAUUAAAAUGUACUGUGCAUCCAUUGUUUUUUCUCUCUUUCCAUCCUCGGAAGAUCUUUUGUUCCUCAUUCAAGUAUUUCAUGGGUGUGUAAAGAAAUAACUUGUGAACGCAGUGCUGUCUUUGCUCGCAGUCUAGUGCUUCAUUGUUGUUCCCCCUCCGCUCUACCUCUCCUCCCUCCCGUUCCCUUCCUCGGCCUCCUCCUCUAAGUACAAGUAGAUGUUCUCUAUAGAACUCAGUAAGAUGAUAGAUGUAGUGACUGUGGUAGACGUAGGACCAGUCAAGAUAUACACGAGACCUUUCUCUCGGCGACCAUGUUAGUCUUCACACUUGGACCUUUUAGUUCUUCUACUCUUUCUUCUGUUGGCGUCAUCUUUCACGUGGUUUCAGUGAACCAAAGCUCUCGUGGAUGGACGCGGAUAGAGAGAAACACUUGCUGGGAGGUGGAAGUGUACGCAAGGCAUUAUUUGGAUAUCCCACCCUUGAAUGUUUUUUAAAGGGGUGUGCCAUACUACCUUAAAUGCUAACGCUAGAUAUGCAAAACGUGUAUUCUUUGCUUUGCUUUGCCAGAGGGACACCUGCUAUCAUCGUGUAGACAUUCAAAUGGUAGUCAGUCAUUUCUACUUUGUAUGUUACGUCAAGGCUGAUUCAUGCAGAGAUUUCAUUUCAAAUGAAUUAAUUGGAAUAGAAUGGAAACAUAGGCCCGAGUAUUUAACCACUCAACCGUUACUACUCAGUUUUUUUUUUUUUUUUUCCAUGAUAGGGACAAUGAAGGAGAUGGUGUUUUCCUACCAGAAUUGAUGCUAUUGCAAGCAUUCAUCUUAACUUUAAACAUGUGAAACAUUCAUUUAAAAAAGAGAUAGAGCGAUUAUAAUAACGAGCAAAAUCAAGACUUAACACCUCUGUGCUAUUUCGCCUUCUAUCCAACAGGGUAAAAAAAAAGUGUUCCUUCGCCUUAGUUUAUAUACCGCCAAAUAGUUUUGCUUUGAAAAGAAAUAUUAUUAGCACCACGUAAGAACGAAGCCACCUGAACAGAACAAAAACUUGAACUUUCUUUGCCACCAAUGGCCUCUGUAGUGUUGUGAUGCAGUAGCUUGGACUUUAAGGUAGCAUGGCUGUGUGGCUCUCAUUUCAUUUGAUCGCAAACUGACAGCGCUUUGCAGCUGAUGAAUGUUACUCAUUUUAGUCGACUUAGCUUCUCCGUUCAGGGAGAGGGGAGGGGGACUUGGUUUAAGAAAAAAAAAUCAAAAAAGAGAGAUAAAAAAAAAACAAAUCCACCUGGAAGGUGUUGACGUUUGUGUACUACCGUAUCCAUUGAAACUUGAAUCUCGAGGCAAGUGCUAGGCAAUGGCCACACUUCACUUAGUGCUGACUUUUCUGUCAUCUUGUCUGCUGGACACGCAGCAGCAGCUACGUGUCCACUCAAUUUCGCUCUUGAAUGUUCUCCAUCAUUGCCAUCCCAGAAAAAGCUUGACAAAGCUGUCCUGAUCUUAUAUAAGAGUGGGCUGUCACAGUGGCCACAAUGUUAUUUGUCUUCUUUUUUGGACUUAUUAACACAUCUAUUCACACUCAACACGGAAGCUUUCAAGGUGGCAGAAAAGAAAAGCAGUUAGUCAAUUUUCAGUUGAAAGCAUCACCACCUCCCAUGCAAAUAGACAUAUAUAUCGGACCGUCCCAUUCAGUCAUUAUGCCAUAGUUGGAGACCAUCCCAGAUGCAUCGUAGGACGUGGGAUGUUUUUUUGCAUUGCUCUUGAGCCAUUCCUAACACUUGCCCCCCCUUUUUUUGUUUUUUUAUUCCGUUAACCGACUUUUUAUGGCGAGAGACGGACAGACAGACCUGACUGACCUGAUCUGAAAGCAUCUUUCAGGUUACCAUAUAGGCUUGCUAAAGCCCCGUUGUAAAAUAUAUGGAAAAUAAUGAUGGAUGGAUGGAUGGAUGGAUGGAUGGAUGGAUGGAUGGAUGGAUGGAUGGAUGGAUGGAUGGAUGGAUGGAUGGAUGGAUGGAUGGAUGGAUGGAUGGAUGGAUGGAUGGAUGGAUGGAUGGAUGGGUGGGUGGAUGGAUGGAUGGAUGGGGGUCUCUCACAUAUCAAAUGUGGAAAGUCUAAUUUUAUAUUUGUAUUUUCAAAUAAUAAUAUUGACAAAAAAAAUGUCUGUGAAAGGUUUCCAUCCUCUAAUGUGGUCCAAAAAUUGAUGUCUGUCUGGAAAAUAAAUACAAUAAACUGAAUUGUUAUAUUA